AUGGCUUCGCUGUAUCAGAGAUUCACCGGGAAGAUCAAUACGAACAAUUCCUUCCCGCACCCACCUGAGGCCAGCCACCUUCUCGGUGGACAGGUUGCAGAGGAGGAAAACGCAGGCAAGACCCCUCAGCCCCUCGCCGACGGCCGACCUCACGUCCAAUACCGCAAGAAAAACGUGCGGGAGGAUGAGGAUGACCUGGUGGGCAGCGUCCCGGCCCAGAGGAACUGGAAGGGAAUUGCUAUCGCCCUGCUGGUCAUCCUCAUCAUCUGCUCCCUGAUUGUCACCUCUGUCAUCCUGCUGACUCCUCGUGAAGAUGACAGUCUUGCCCUCAAGAAGAAGGUGACUGUAGAGGACGUCUUAGGUUCAGACCUUCACAUCCAUGACCCAGAUGCCAAAUGGCUCAGUGACAAUGAACUGCUGUAUCGCACGAGGGAAGGAGAUGUUGUCAAACUUAACGUUGACACGCUGGAGAGAGUUGUGGUUGUGGAGAACAAGAAGUUUGAAACAUACAAAGCCACAAAGUAUCAAGUAUCUCCAGACAUGCAACACGUGCUGUUGGCCUUUGGCGUGACCCCGGUCUACCAGCACUCCUAUUUGGCCAGUUACAUCAUUUGCAGCCUUGUUACACCGGAAACAUGGAGUUUGAACCCCCCUGAGGUGCACAACGCGGUCCUGCAGUUCGCUGGGUGGGGGCCCCAAGGCCAGCAGCUGAUCUUCAUAUUUGAAAACAACAUCUACUACAGAGCAACCGUGGAGAGUCGUUCGAUUCGGCUGGUGUCCACUGGUAAAGAGGGAGUCGUCUUCAACGGUCUGGCUGACUGGCUGUAUGAAGAGGAGAUCCUGCAGUCCCACAUCGCCCACUGGUGGUCUCCAGAUGGCCUGUGGCUGGCCUAUGCCACCAUCAAUGACACCCUGGUGCCCAAGAUGGAAGUCCCCAUCUUCACAGGCUCGCCUUAUCCCAGCGGCUUGGAGUAUCACUACCCAAAGGCUGGCGAGGAGAACCCUGUAGUGCACCUGUCAGUGGUGAGUCUCAACGGUCCCCUGCACACUGUGGUGAUGAAGAAACCCGAUGACCCCCGAAUAGGGAGGGAAUACUAUAUCACCAUGGUGAAAUGGGCCACCAGCACCAAGCUGGCUGUCAACUGGCUGAACAGAGCCCAGAACAACUCCAUCCUGACAUUGUGUGAGGCUACAACCGGAGUCUGCAUUAAGAAACAUGAGGAUGAGAGUGAGAGCUGGUUGCACAGACAGAACGAAGCACCUCUGUUUUCCCAAGACGGACACAAGUUCUUCCUGACCAGAGCCAUCCCUCAGGGUGGGAGAGGGAAGUUUUUUCACAUUUCCAUGUCCACCUCGAAGCCCAACACCAGUAUCGACAUACUUCAGUCCCUGACCUCUGGAGACUGGGACGUCACCAGCAUCUUGGCCUACAAUCAUGACAGGAACCUCAUAUACUUCCUGAGCACAGAGGAUGACCCUAAACGACGACAUCUGUACAGUGCCGACACGAUUCCUCCGUUCAACCGCCGCUGCCUGUCGUGCGAGUUCAAGUGCGGCUACGUGGACGGCUCCUUCAGCCACAACAUGCGGUACUUCUUACUCAACUGUAAAGGCCCAGAUAUACCCAGUGUGGCUGUCUAUAGCACCAAGGACAAACAGAAGGUGUUUGACGUGGAGACAAAUGAACGCGUGAACAGUACCUACCACAACAUGCAGAUGCCCAAAGUGGAGUAUAAGACCAUCACCAUAGACGACUACACUUUGACAAUGCAGAUUUUGAAGCCAGCUGGAUUUAUAGAUACAGCCCAUUACCCCUUACUGCUACUGGUAGAUGGCACGCCGGGCGGGCAGAUGGUGACGGAGCAGUUCCAGGUGGACUGGGCCACGGUGCUCGUCAGCAGUUUCAGCACCAUCGUCAUCCGCUUCGACGGCCACGGCAGCGGCUUUCAAGGCACCAACCUGCUUCACAGGGUCAGGAGGAAGCUGGGGAAGCUGGAGGAGCGGGACCAGCUGGAGGCACUCAGACUCAUAUCCAAAGAGCCGUACAUUGAUAAAACUCGAAUGGGAGUGUAUGGAAAGGUCUAUGGAGGAUAUUUAGCCACAAUGCUUCUGAGCUCUGAGGAGUUUACCCAGCUGAAAUGUGGAACUGCAGUCUCUCCCAUCACAGACUUUGAGCUUUAUGCCUCCGCAUUUUCAGAACGAUAUCUCGGCUCACCAAAGACAGACUCUCGAGCAUAUCAGAUGGCAAAUUUAGCACACAGAGCGGGCCAGCUUCUGGAUAAGCAGUACUUGAUAAUUCACCCAACUGCUGACGAAAAGGUUCAUUUCCAGCACACAGCCAAAUUUAUCAACCAUUUAAUCGUCGAGAAGGCCAAUUAUACUCUACAGAUCUACCCAGAUGAGGGGCACUUCUUACACAGCGAAGGGACACAGCAGCACCUGAGCCAAUCGCUGGUCAACUUCUUUGAGGAGUGUUUCCGGGUGCCGGACAUCCUGACAGACGACGAGCAGGAGGAAGACGAGGAUGACGGUUAAACUCGGUCGUCCACGCAGCCUGGCUAGCUCCUACAGCACAAUAUGCAACAGAUCUUUCUUAACCCCAUCACCCACCUGCUGCCAUCUAUCAGCUCGACUCUGGAGUGCAGUCCCUGCAUGUGCAAAGGGCCUCACCCUGCAGCCUGUCCUCACCCUCCGCUGGCUGACAAGGGGACCAGUCAGAACGGCUCUUAUGUCACAUCGAUGACAGCAAACGAAUCACAGAUGUGGACGACUCAUAUCUUUAUCUGCUAUUGGAUUAAAUGAACUUGGUGUUGAAGGAGCCACCUCUUGUACCCCCUCUGGUGGACGAAUAGAGGAUCAACAUAAUGUUCAUUGAGGAAUGCAUCUCCGUUCCCAACCACGCACAUUAAUAGAGCGCUUUGCAGCACAAAAUAUCCCCUGUGAAGAUCGUCAUCCAGUUCAUUAUGUUUAGAUUGAACUUUGAAUGGCUGCCAGUUUCUGAUAACCUACCAACCCCACCUUCUGAUUAUUGUGUCCAUGAUUACUGCCUACUUGUUUCUCUGAUGUUCAGUAUGUCUUACAGUAGUAUUGUGGCUAUGAAUGGAUGUAUGGCUACAUCAAUCCUUAGCUGCCUUCAAAAAUGAGGGCACAUGGUUAACUUGUGCUGUUCCAAAAUAAUAAUAAUAAAAAACGCAUCUAAACAAAUAACAUUAUCAAUAUGAUUUCCUCUCCUCACAUUUUGGAAUUGAACUGUGUUCUUUUAGUCACUGUGCCUUACUGUGGGUAAAAUAUUCAUGUUAGAGACCCACGUGACACUGAAAACGAGUAAAUAUGGGCAAACUGUGCAUUACUUUGAUGAGUCAAAGCCAGAUUAUGAUUUGAUUUUCUUCACAUCCUCAAUAGGAAAGGAGAGCCAAUCAGUUUAUUCAUGCAGGAAUUUACAACACACAAGUUAUGACACAUUUUAUCUUAGAAAUUUAGAAUGAACCGAGUAUGAGCCUGUAUUUUGUGCUUGAGGGAUGAUGUACUGAUGAAAAAAAAAAACAAAAAAAACCUACAGCAUAUUUUAUUUGCUAUUACAGAUUGUUGACACACUGUAUUUACUUUCCAAAUUGGCAUAUUGGUGAGUUAACUAUGUUGAAUUUUGUUUAUUUUGUGACUUAGUUUGUUUGAAUUGUGUGUUAAAUGGCUUGACUGUCCCCAUGUCAGUUACGUUCGUAUUGUUAGUGAAGGUUUCUAGUCAGCUGAUGUACAAAAUGUAUAAAAUCUUACAUUGUUUAAGUCUUUGUUGUCUGUGUGACUUGUACAUAAAGCAUUUUGAAAUGUA